AUGUCAGGAAAAGAAGCAGAAUAUCCUCAAGGGCGAGUUGCGCCUGGGGGCUGCGUAACCCCCAAGCAGGUUGCGAGCAUUCAGGAGGUCGUUGGCGAGGACAAGGAUUUGUCGCUACUGGAUGGAUUUGAGGACGUCUCAGCCGAGAACCAAGACAAGAUCCGCGAUGCAGUUGAGAACGGCCAUGUUGCUGAUUCCGAUUGGAGAGGCGAUAUUGAAAUGAACCGGCCUGGUAAGACUGGUUUCCGCGUCCGGGCUUCAAAGAAGAAGAUCGACGCAGAGGCAGAUCAUGAAACCCCCAAGAAGACCAAACGCCACAGAGGCAAGAAAGGUGGUGAAGACACAGAUGCAGAGCAAAGUGAAGAGCCAGCGCCCAAAAAGGCAAAGGCCGCCAGCUCCAAAUCGAAACCCGUUGCUCGAGAAUCUGAGGGAAAACCCGAAACCGGUGAUAAACCCGUGGAAAACCAAAAGCCCGGCCGCAAGGCUUCUAAACCCCGGAAAGCCGAGGAAGAACAGAAAAGUCCUGCAUCCACUGGAAAGAAGCGAUCUAGAAAGGCUGCCGACAAAGUUGAAGCACGCACUGGUAGAGUGACUCGCUCAAUGGCCAAAGCAGGUUGA